CCGGGCACAACUUGAUCUCUCCCUUGUCCUCCCCCCUCUCCGUUCCUCCCAGCCAUGCCUCCUCGAGGAAACGAAGGCCUCGACUUCACACCUAUACUCACUCACUAUCUCUUUCUGUUUACGACCAUUCUCGCCGUGCUUGCAUGGUUCAUAGCAUUCAUCUCUCAAUGUAUAGCUACCGCACAGUUCUCUGAAAGGGCUGUCGGCACCGGCUGGUUCGCCAUCUUCCUCGAACUAUUCCUCAUUCUCGGCGUCCUCUACACCCUCGCGAGCGACUCGAUAGCAAUGAAUCGUUUCCAGAUUUCUGUGUUUGGCGCAGUCGCCAUUGUCUUCGCCGUGAUCCAAGUUGACAACACCAUAUUCGCCAACCGUUCUGCUCUUGAUGCCAUGGCCGCUGGCUGGCUCAUCCUUGCUGUUGUCGACAUUACUUGGGUUCUUUACUUCACCUCCGAAGAAGAUUCAUUGGCUUUCUAUAUCUUUAACGCCAUGGGUACUGGUGGCCUCACUCCCCCGUCUCGCCGUCGCCGCACCCGCGGUCCACCGAACAAUGGCUACGCCGGUAACUAUUCAUCCGGUGGAGGUAUUGGCUCCCAUGACAUCCCGUAUGACGCGGGAGGGAAGCCUGCUGGCUUUGGUGCUGUUGGGACUGGUGUUCGAAGCCAAAAUAGCUUCAACGGGGGUGGAAGCAUUGAUGGAGGCCCACCACGUAGCAUCGGUGUUGCUGGUGCUCCUGGUAGUGUUCACAGCACACCCAAUGUUGCGCCUGGACCUUUGGGCGCCGAGAAUAACAUGGGUCAAGCAUCACCUUUGAUGGGAGCGGGAGCAGCAGGCCUCGGUGCAGGAGGAGGCAUGAGUCCCCCAGCACCAGAGACCGCUCAACAACCGGAGUUCGUCUCCCACAAGGCCAAAGCGCUCUAUGCUUAUACCGCAUCACCCGAUGAUCCCAAUGAGAUAUCGUUCACCAAGGGUGAAAUAAUGGACAUCGUUGACAAGCAAGGCAAGUGGUGGCAAGCGAAGAAGGCGGAUGGCACCGUAGGCAUUGCACCAUCCAACUAUCUCCAAAUCAUCUAAUCGACGUUUCCCUCAUUUGCUUGAUCCUUGAUCAAUCACUCGUACGACUUCUGACGCUCUAAUGCCCAAUCUACUGUUAAAUGUGUACGAACAUAAACCGUAUUCGAUGGCAUUGAGAUGGACACUUCCCUUGGUUUCCGCGUAUAUCUUAGGUUUUUCCGCCCCUUCAAUUGCAAACUGCAGCAUUACUCUGCUUUUCUUCUACGUCUGUUGUUAUCAACUUGUCUAUACCCAUCUUGAUCCCAUUCCUGAGCUUCUGUACUUGGGUCAUAUCUCCUCUGCAAUCACAUGCUAUGUGCUACU